CCACCCCCACAUGGCCCACCCCCACAUGGCCCACCACCCCCACAUGGCCCACCACCCCCACAUGGCCCACCCCCACAUGGCCCACCACCACAUGGCCCACCACCACAUGGC